AUGGAGCAAGUUGGGUUGGCCUCGUCAUAUGAGAAGACCUAUUUAAGUGAAGAAGAAAUCGCGCCAUCUAUGUCCUCUUGGUUCUUCUUUCUCCUCUUGGCAAUAGUUCAAUUGCAGGCAAAGACCCACAAUGCUGGCAAAUACAAAUCGAUGUGCACUGGAAUUAGUCUGCUGAAGUCCAACAAAGUCCGACUCUCAUGGAUACCACCAGUGAUGGAAAAUGGAGAGAUUCCCACUUAUAGAGUUUUCUACUUUCAUGAUAGUGCACUCUCAAUGACACUCACCUCUAAAAACAAAUUGGAAAUUCCCGUCAAUGAGAACGACACUAUGAUCAGAGUCAUUGUGAGAACUGUUACCAAGUCUGAAGUUUGGAUAGGUGAAUACAAUAAGGAUCCGAAUGAAUGCAAAUUCAACUCGAAACGAAGUAACGAUUGCAUUUUUUGUGUAACCUUAUCCUUUAAAAUAUGCCCCAUUAUUCAACUAUACUUUUUUGACAGAAAUGUUACCGAAGUUUUCCAACACCAAAUACCUGAUCCUGACAGUGAGGAUCUCCUUGCGCCAACAGACGUCGCUUUACUUCCUGCUGAGAGGGGGACUGUUGCGUUGACUUGGAAGCCUCCAUUUGCUGAACAAGACGAAAUAAUGGGAUAUCAGAUUCUUUACAGUUACGUUUUUUUGUUUUUAGGUCCAAACACUCCAAGUUAUGUCACAUUGAGGAAGGUUAAUGCAACUGCAAUGAUAAUAUGGCAGCCUCCAAAGAAUAUGAACCGUGAUACACUACUUUACAGUAUUGUAUAUAACUUUGACAACAAAAAAAUCCUGAAAUACAAAAUGACAAUGGAAAAGAGUUAUUCAAUAGAAAUUCCUCAGAAUGCGCAGGUUAUGAAGGCCGCAGUAGGAGUGAUAUCGAACGAAGCGCCGGGUUCAAGAGGCGUACAAAUUUUCACUGCCUAUUCCCCGUUUAAAUAUCUUAAUUUGAUAGGUAAGACAUUGCCUCAGAGUAGUGGAAAAGUCGUUUCCUAA